UCCAAUGAGAAUCUGCCAUCCCAAGCCUAGUUCAGAUAUCGCUUUCCGAUUGGUUCUUCCUGGUAAGAGGGCGGGGACAGCGAUUGACUUCCGCUUACGGACCGGGAGAAAAAUGGCGGCGGCCAGGAGACUGAGGUUUGCGCUCCAUGGCCCCCGACUGUCACUGCAUACCGCGGCGCAGGUCGCCAGCGCGGCUCGGGAAGUCGCCGGCGCAGACGUCGCGGCAGUUUCCACCGCGCGGUACCCACCGAUUGUGGCCUCCCUCACUGCCGACAGCAAAGCGGCAAGGCAGCGGCGAGUGGAGCGAUGGCAGGCGACGGUACACGCGGCCGAGUCGGUCGACGAGAAGCUACGGAUCUUAACCAAGAUGCAGUUCAUGAAGUACGUGGUCUAUCCGCAGACCUUCGCCCUCAACGCCGAUCGCUGGUAUCAGGGCUUCACCAAGACCGUGUACCUGUCGGGCCUGCCCCAGCCGCCGCAGCCCGCGGGCGCGGCCGCCGUGGACCUGGCCGCCCUGCGCGCCGCCGCCCGCGACUGCCUGCUGCAAGAGCACGUCUUCCUGCGCCGCCGGCGCCGCGGGCCCACCUACCGCGAGCGCCAGGCCCUCGCCUCGGCCUUCCUGGACCAGCUGGUCACCUCCCUCACCGGCCUGCUCAGUCCGCACAACCCGAUCCUGGCCUCCGCUGCCCUCGAUUGUAAACGUCCGGUUCAUUUUUAUUGGUUGCGGGGUGAAGAAAUUAUUCCUUCUGGUCAUCGGAAGGGGAGAGUUGAUGCUUUGCGGUACCAAAUAGAUGAUAAACCACACAACCAGAUUCGAAUAUCCAAACAGCUCCCAGAGUUUGUGCCACUGGAUUAUUCUCCUCCUCUAGAAAUCCCUGUUAUGAGUUGUAAACCGGACAAACUUCCGUUAUUCAAGCGGCAAUAUGAAAAUAACAUAUUUACUGGCUCGAGGACGGCAGAUCCAUGCUGUUAUGGUCAUACCCAGUUUCAUCUAUUAAAUGACAAAUUAGAAAGGGAACGGCUUUUAAAAAGAAACUGUGCCGAUCAGAUAGAAGUUGCUUACAGAGCUAAUGCUAUUGCAAGUCUUUUUGCUUGGACUGGAGCACAAGCUAUGUAUCAAGGUUUCUGGAGUGAAGCAGAUGUUACUCGACCUUUUGUUUCCCAGUGUGUGAUCACAGAUGGAAAAUACUUUGCCUUUUUCUGCUACCAGUUAAAUACUUUGGCACUGACUAUCCAAGCUGAUCAAAAUAAUCCUCGUAAAAAUAUAUGUUGGGGGACACAAAGUAAACCUCUUUAUGAAAGUAUUGAAGAUAAUGAUGUGAAAGGUUUUAAUGAUGAUGUUCUCCUUGAUAUAGUUAACUUUCUCUUGAAUAGACCAAAAGAAGAUCAGUCACAACUGUUGGAAAACUAAGAAAAACUCUUUUGGUACCGCAAUCUGUGAUUACUUAGGUUUCACUGAAUAGACAAUAAAAGCAAUUUUGAUGAUAAACAUUGUAAAUAUUACAUGAUUGGUUUGAGACAGUUCAUAUAUUAAUUUAUGAUUAGACCUCUCAUUUUGUGCAGAAUAAAUAUUUUAUUUGUAAACUUAA